ACGGCGCUCCUCUGGUUCCUCCGCUGGUGGGCGCCGCCUGCGCUCGCCGGGGGUGCACCUGUGCGGCAGGUGUGGCGCGGGCUGCGGCCUGGGCGCGAGCCGGCAGACGGAUGCUGCAGAGGCCGCGCUGGGCUGGGGCGCGCGGGAGGCGGGGCGGCGGCUGCUAGUGACGGCGCGGCCACCGCCCGGGAGGCGCUUCUGCGCCGGGUGCCACCCACCACCUGGACCGCGGGGACGCGGCUCCGAGCGCGGCCCUGCUCCGCUGAUUUCUCUGCAAGAUGGCUCACGCUGCCGCUUCCAUUAAAAAAGUUCGAGAGGCUGAACUGGAUGAAAAGGAAAAGAUCCUUGAGAGGGAGAGAAAAAAGCAACGCAAAGUCCCCAGGGACCGCGCGGACCGGAAAAGAAAGUCUGACAGCAAUGCCAGCUUCCUCCGCGCGGCCCGAGCCGGCAAUCUGGACAAAGUCGUGGAGUACCUGAAGGGAGGCAUCGACAUCAACACCUGCAACCAGAAUGGACUCAACGCACUGCACCUGGCGGCCAAGGAGGGGCACGUGGGGCUGGUGCAGGAGCUCCUGGGCAGGGGCUCGGCCGUGGACUCCGCCACCAAGAAGGGGAACACGGCUCUGCACAUCGCCUCUCUGGCCGGACAGGCGGAAGUCGUCAAGGUUCUGGUCAAGGAAGGAGCCAACAUUAACGCCCAGUCCCAGAACGGCUUCACCCCCCUGUACAUGGCCGCUCAGGAGAACCACAUCGACGUCGUGAAGUACCUGCUGGAAAACGGCGCCAACCAGAGCACCGCCACCGAGGAUGGCUUCACGCCGCUGGCGGUGGCCCUGCAGCAGGGACACGACCAGGCGGUGGCCGUGCUGCUGGAGAACGACACCAAGGGGAAGGUGCGGCUGCCGGCGCUGCACAUCGCCGCCCGGAAGGACGACACCAAGUCGGCCGCCCUGCUGCUGCAGAACGACCACAACGCCGACGUGCAGUCCAAGAUGAUGGUGAAUAGGACGACCGAGAGCGGCUUCACCCCCCUGCACAUCGCUGCCCACUACGGGAACGUCAACGUGGCCACCCUGCUCCUCAACCGCGGCGCCGCCGUGGACUUCACCGCCAGGAACGGGAUCACGCCUCUGCACGUGGCCUCCAAGAGGGGGAACACGAACAUGGUGAAGCUCCUGCUGGACCGCGGCGGUCAGAUCGACGCCAAAACCAGGGACGGGCUGACGCCGCUGCACUGCGCGGCCCGAAGCGGACACGACCAGGUGGUGGAGCUGCUGCUGGAGCGGGGUGCGCCGCUGCUGGCCCGGACCAAGAACGGGCUGUCCCCGCUCCACAUGGCCGCGCAGGGGGACCACGUGGACUGCGUCAAGCACCUGCUGCAGCACAAGGCCCCCGUGGACGACGUUACGCUGGACUACUUGACGGCCCUGCACGUCGCUGCACACUGUGGCCACUACCGUGUCACCAAGCUCCUCCUGGACAAGAGAGCCAAUCCCAACGCCCGAGCCCUGAACGGCUUUACCCCCCUGCACAUUGCCUGCAAGAAAAACCGCAUCAAAGUCAUGGAGCUGCUGGUGAAAUACGGGGCUUCCAUCCAGGCCGUGACAGAGUCUGGCCUCACGCCUACUCACGUGGCGGCCUUCAUGGGCCACCUGAACAUUGUGCUCCUGCUGCUGCAGAACGGCGCCUGCCCCGACGUCACUAACAUCCGCGGCGAGACGGCCCUGCACAUGGCGGCCCGGGCGGGGCAGGUGGAGGUCGUGCGGUGCUUGCUCCGGAACGGCGCCCUGGUCGACGCCAGAGCCCGGGAGGAGCAGACGCCUCUGCACAUCGCCUCGCGCCUGGGCAAGACGGAGAUCGUGCAGCUGCUGCUGCAGCACAUGGCGCACCCCGACGCGGCCACCGCCAGCGGGCACACGCCCCUGCACAUCUCCGCCCGCGAGGGCCAGGUGGGCGUGGCCGCUGUCCUCCUGGAAGCAGGGGCCGCCCACUCCUCAGCCACCAAGAAAGGCUUCACCCCCCUGCACGUGGCGGCCAAGUACGGGAGCCUGGACGUGGCCAAGCUGCUGCUGCACCGGCGCGUGGCGGCCAACUCCGCGGGGAAGAACGGCCUGACCCCGCUGCACGUGGCCGCCCACUACGACCACCAGGAGGUGGCCCUGCUGCUGCUGGAGAAGGGCGCGUCCCCUCACGCCACCGCCAAGAACGGCUACACGCCCCUGCACAUCGCCGCCAAGAAGAACCAGAUGCAGAUCGCCUCCACGCUCCUCAGCUACGGGGCCGAGACGAACGUGGUCACCAAGCAGGGCGUGACCCCGCUGCACCUGGCCUCCCAGGAGGGGCACGCGGGCAUGGCCGCCCUGCUCCUGGAGAAGGGCGCCAGCGUCCACACGUCGACCAAGAGUGGACUCACCGCCUUACACCUGGCCGCCCAGGAGGACAAGGUGCACGUUGCUGAGGUUCUCACCAAGCACGGGGCCGACCAGGACGCCCACACGAAGCUGGGCUACACUCCUUUAAUCGUGGCCUGUCACUACGGAAACGUGAAAAUGGUCAACUUCCUCCUGAAGCAGGGAGCGGACGUCAACGCCAAAACCAAGAGCGGCUACACGCCCCUGCACCAGGCUGCGCAGCAGGGCCACACGCACAUCAUCAACGUGCUGCUGCAGCACGGCGCGCGGCCCGACGCCACCACCACGAAUGGCAACACCGCCCUGGCCAUCGCCAAGCGGCUGGGCUACAUCUCGGUGGUGGACACGCUGAAGGUCGUGACUGAGGAGGUCACCACCACCACGACCAUCACUGAAAAACACAAGCUGAAUGUUCCUGAGACCAUGACUGAGGUGCUCGAUGUGUCUGACGAAGAGGCUCUUAAACGGUUUGGUGACCACUUUAUUGAUGGGGACGUACUGAGUGACUCAGGUGACGACACGAUGACCGGGGACGGCGGCGAGUACCUGAGGCCCGAGGACCUGAAGGAGCUGGGCGACGACUCGCUGCCCGGCAGCCAGUUCCUGGACGGCAUGAACUACCUGCGCUACAGCCUGGAGGGGGGGCGCUCCGACAGCCUCCGGUCCUUCAGUUCCGACAGGUCUCACACCCUGAGCCACGCCUCCUACCUGCGGGACAGCGCCAUGAUUGACGACGCCGUGCUGAUCCCCAGUCACCAGGUGUCGGCGCUCACCAAGGAGGCCGAGAGGAGCGCCUACCGCCUCAGCUGGGGCCCCGAGACCCUGGACAAUGUGGCCCUGUCCUCCAGCCCCAUUCACUCGGGCCGCGCCUCUCCGUGUCUCGAUCGCGACAACAGCAGCUUCCUGGUCAGUUUCAUGGUGGACGCGCGCGGGGGCGCCAUGCGGGGCUGCAGACACCACGGGCUGCGCAUCAUCAUCCCGCCGCGCAAGUGCACGGCCCCCACGCGGGUCACCUGCCGCCUGGUGAAGCGCCACCGACUGGCGACCAUGCCCCCGAUGGUGGAGGGAGAAGGGCUGGCGAGCCGCCUCGUCGAAGUCGGACCCUCCGGUGCUCAGUUCCUGGGUAAACUCCACCUGCCAGCGGCUCCCCCCCCACUUAAUGAGGGAGAAAGCUUGGUCAGCCGCAUCCUUCAGCUGGGGCCUCCUGGAACCAAGUUCCUUGGGCCUGUCAUCGUGGAGAUCCCCCACUUUGCCGCCCUCCGGGGAAAGGAAAGGGAGCUGGUGGUGCUGCGCAGCGAGAACGGGGACAGCUGGAAGGAGCACUGCUGCGAGCACACGGAGGACGAGCUCAACGAGAUCCUCAAUGGCAUGGAUGAAGUGCUGGACAGCGCCGAGGACCUGGACCGCAAGCGCAUCUGCCGCAUCGUCACGCGCGACUUCCCGCAGUACUUCGCCGUGGUGUCGCGCGUCAAACAGGACAGCCACCUGAUCGGGCCCGAGGGCGGCGUGCUGAGCAGCACUGUGGUGCCCCAGGUGCAGGCGGUGUUCCCCGAGGGCGCGCUGACCAAGCGGAUCCGCGUGGGCCUGCAGGCUCAGCCGAUGCAUGGCGAGCUGGUCAAGAAGAUCCUUGGGAACAAGGCCACCUUCAGCCCCAUAGUCACUUUGGAGCCUCGAAGGAGGAAGUUCCACAAGCCGAUCACCAUGACCAUCCCUGUCCCCAAAGCUGCCAGCGACGUCGUGCUGAACGGCUUCGGGGGAGAAGCACCAACCUUGCGGCUGCUGUGCAGUAUAACAGGCGGAACCACCCCCGCCCAGUGGGAAGACAUCACGGGAACUACGCCACUGACGUUUGUCAACGAGUGUGUCUCCUUCACCACCAACGUGUCUGCCAGGUUCUGGCUGAUAGACUGUCGACAAACCCAGGAAUCUGUCGCCUUUGCCUCCCAAGUGUACCGAGAAAUCAUCUGUGUGCCCUACAUGGCCAAGUUCGUGGUGUUUGCCAAGUCCCACGACCCCAUCGAGGCCAGGCUGCGGUGCUUCUGCAUGACCGACGACAAGGUGGACAAGACGCUGGAGCAGCAGGAGAACUUCGCCGAGGUGGCCAGGAGCCGGGACGUGGAGGUGCUGGAAGGGAAGCCCAUCUACGUGGACUGCUUCGGCAACCUCGUGCCGCUGACCAAGAGCGGCCAGCACCACAUAUUCAGCUUCUUUGCCUUCAAAGAGAAUAGGCUUCCGCUCUUUGUCAAGGUACGAGACACGACUCAGGAACCUUGUGGACGACUAUCAUUUAUGAAAGAGCCAAAAUCCACCAGAGGCCUGGUACAUCAAGCAAUCUGCAACUUAAACAUCACCCUGCCUGUUUACAUAAAGGAGUCAGAGUCAGACCAAGAACAGGAGGAAGAGGUCGAUAUGACAUCAGAAAAAAACGAUGAGACAGAGUCAACAGAAACGUCUGUCCUGAAAAGCCACCUGGUCACGGAGGCCCCGGCCCUGGCCAGCCCGGACUUGCUCUCGGAGGUCUCCGAGAUGAAGCAGGACCUGAUCAAGGUGACGGCGCUCCUGGCCACUGGCGCGGCCAGCAGGGCAGGUGCCCUCGGGGAGAAGGCACUGGCCGGGGCCGUGGAGGAGGAGCCGGGGGAGCCCUUUGAGAUCGUGGGGAGAGUGAAGGAGGACUUGGAGAAGGUGAACGAGAUCCUGAGGGGUGGGGCCUGCUCAGGGGGCAGCGGCCACGGGCCAGGGUCCCAGCCUGAGGGGCAGCUAGAGGACGAGGAAUGGGUGCUCCUCAGUGACGAGGAGGUAGCAGAGGCCAAGCAAAGGGCCCCCCUGGAGGUCCCCGAGGUCCCCUGUGUAGAAAUCAGGCUAGAGAAGGAGACCACAGCACAGGGACAGAGGGAUGCCACGGGGCUGGUCACCUACCUCACAGAGGAUCUGAACUCCUACUCGGCGGCUCCUGGAGGGGCCCCGCAGCCAACGCCCCCCACGGCUGGGGACAGACGCUCUGGAAGCGAAGCAAAGGACAUUCCCCUGGAUGAGACGCAGAGAACGCAGACCCAGCAGCAGCCAGGCCUGGGCUUGAAGAAGCCAGUGCGGCGGAAAUUAAAGGACAAGCAGAAGCAGAAAGAGGAGAGUUUACAAGCCAGUGCAGGGAAAAGUGAGCUUAAACAGGGUAGUUCCGAAGAGUCCUUAGAAGGAGACCCGGGCUUGGCCCCUGAGCCUCUGCCCAGGGCCAAGGCCACGUCCCCCGUGAUCGAGGAGACCCCCAUUGGGCCCAUCAAGGACAAAGUGAAGGCCCUGCAGAAGAGAGUGGAAGAUGAGCAGAAGGGUCGAAGCAAGUUGCCUGUCAGACUCAAAGGCAAGGAGGAAGUGCCCCGGAGGGCGGGACCCCGGCCACAGCCAGCCCUGUCCCCCCCUCAAAGGCCAGACCGGCGGGCACCCGUGUCCCCCUCCUCCAAAGUGGACAGACACUCGUCCCUCACCUCCUCAGCCAAGUCCGAGCGGCAUCCUCCAGCGUCACCACCGAGUAAGACUGAGAGACACUCGCCUGUGUCUCCCUCAGCAAAAACCGAGAAGCACUCGCCCGGGUCCUCGUCAGGUAAAACCGAGAGACACUCGCCUGUGUCUCCCUCAGCAAAAACCGAGAAGCACUCGCCCGGGUCCUCGUCAGGUAAAACCGAGAGACACUCGCCUGUGUCUCCCUCAGCAAAAACCGAGAAGCACUCGCCCGGGUCCUCGUCAGGUAAAACCGAGAGACACUUGCCUGUGUCACCUUCAGGUAAAACAGACAAACGCCCACCGGUGUCACCAUCAGGAAAGCUGGAGAAACAUCCCCCUGUGUCACCUGGGAGGACAGACAAGCGCCUGCCCGUGUCACCGGCUGCGAGGACGGAAAAGCACCCUCCUGGGUCAGCCUCCGGGAAGACGGAGAAGCGCCUUUCGGUGGCACCUUCCGGGAAGACAGACAAGGCCGCGCCCGUGUCCCCCACCUCGAAAACGGAGCGCAUCGAGGAGACCAUGUCCGUCCGGGAGCUGAUGAAGGCCUUCCAGUCAGGCCAGGACCCAUCUAAGCACAAGGCUGGGCUGUUUGAGCACAAAACUGCCAAACUGAAGCAGCCACAGGACAAAGGCAAAGUUCGGGCCGAGAAGGAAAAGGGGCCGCUACCAGCCCAGAAAGAGACACUGAAAACAGAGAGUCAGACCAUCCGACGAGGCCAGAGGUCCCCGGGAGUGGGGGCUGCAGAACCCAGAAGAGGGUCCCGUGGUGCCUUGGGGCUGAGAGAAGACACCACCAGAGGGAAGGUGACCCUCCCCACCAAUAGGACGCUGCCCCCUGUGGGCCCGGUGCCCGGGGAGGAGCUGGACGAGAGGGGAGACAGGGACCUCCAGAUCAGCCCCGACCGCAGAACCUCCACUGACUUUUCUGAGGUCAUUAAGCUGGAGCUGGAAGACAAUGACAGGUACCAGCAGUUCUGCCGCCAGGAGGAGUCCGAAGAGGUGCCGCUGGUACCGGAGCAGGUGCUCACCAGCCCCUUCCCCACGGCCUUCCCACCAGAGCCCGGCAGUGGGCAGCCACUCCCAGCCUUGACCUUCCGCCUGGAUGGCAGCUGUGAAAAUCUGGGGCAGGAAGGGGUGGCAGGGUCUCCCUGCGGCAGCCUGAUGGAGGGGACCCUGCAGGUCAGCUCGGAAGAGAGCUACAAGCAUGAGGGGUUGGCGGAGACCCCCGAGACAAGCCCAGAAAGCCUUUCCUAUUCACCAAAGAAAAGUCAGGAGCAAAUUGGGGAAACCAGUGAAAAUGCCACCUUCAAAACAGACAUUCAUUCAGGCAGAGUGCAUCCCUCCACCAAAGACUCUCCGGACGGUGCCGAAGAGCCAGGUGGGGCUGCUGCAGAGGGCGCAGAGCCCGGGGCCAGGUGUGUGAAGGAGGACACCCUGGACCCUUCCACAGAGAUGGGCCCCAAACCGGAGGGCGAAAGCCCAGGCCACUGCACUGUGUCCCCAGCGAAGGAAGCACCCGCCGGGCUGACUGAGGACGUGCUCUGUGAUGACAGUCCCCUUGCCCACAAGACACAGACAGACCCUGGAGCUCAGGAACCCACAAGCCCCAAGCCCUUGCCGACCGAGGCCCCUGUGAGGACUGCCCAGUCCCAGGCAUCCCCCCGCAGUCCCCAGGGGCUGGACCUGCCACUCCCUCGCUCUGACCCCGAGGUCCUCAGUCCCGGGGCUGACGAGUCAUUGGCAGUGAGCCACAGGGACUCCUUGGAGGCAAGCCCCGUGCUGGAGGACAACUCCUCCCACAAAACCCCAGACUCCCUUGAGCCCAGCCCCCUGAGAGAGUCUCCCUGCCGCGACUCCCUGGAGAGUAGCCCCGUGGAGCCCAAGGUGAAGGUUGGCACACUCCCGGGCCACGUCCCUCUCCCUGUGGCUGGUGCCAAGGCCGACUUCUUCACAGAAAUGGCCCCUGUGAGGUCUCGGCUGCUGCGAGACCCCGAUGGCAGCGCUGAGGAUGACAGUCUGGAGCAGACGUCCCUGGUGGAGAGCUCCGGAAAGAGUCCCCUCUCCCCUGACACCCCCAGCUCUGAAGAAGUCAGCUACGAGGUCACGCCCAAGGCCUCUGAUGCCAGCACCCCCAAACCAGCUGUGAUUCACGAGUGUGCUGAGGAGGAGGACUCAGAAAAUGGGGAGAAAAAGAGGUUCACCCCUGAAGAGGAGAUGUUCAAAAUGGUGACCAAAAUCAAAACCUUUGACGAACUUGAACAAGAAGCCAAGCAGAAAAGGGACUGCCGGAAAGAAACGAAGCCUGAAGAGUCAUCUUCAUCCUCUGACCUGGACGCUGACAGCUCGGCAGCCAUAGGUGAGCCACCGUGUGGGCCACGUGCACAGGAUGGGAGUGACAUCCCUGUCCUGGUGACCUCAGACAACAACAGAAAGGCUUCAUCCUCCUCAGAGAGUGAGCCUGAGUUGACGCAACUGAGGGAAGGAGCUGACCCGGGGCUGCUCCCAGAGCCGGUCAUUCGGGUGCAGCCCCCGUCCCCACUCCCGUCCAGCUUGGACUCAAACUCCAGUCCUGAGGAGGCACAAUUCCAGCCCAUCGCUUCCAAACAGUACACUUUCAAGAUGAAUGAAGACACUCAGGAAGAGUCCAGUAAAUCAGAAGAAAACGCGUGUGAAUCUCGUUUGCCUGAAGACGGUCAUGCUGAUUCCACUGGAGGCCCAGAUCUGCUGCACGAUGAUUUGAACAGAGAUGCUGACCCACCAAACAUGUGUGCCGGCCACGGGUGUGCAACAGGAAGUCCUAGCCACUCGGCCCCGCCUGUGUCCUCAGGUCGCUGUGGCCCCAGUAGGGAGGAGCUCAUCAUCCGUGAGGAUCUGUCAUCUCCCCAGGACCCUGGUGGGGACUCAAGAGGAGGAGAGCUAGGGGUUUCUCAAGAGGGAUCACCACAAGCAGGUGGCUCCGGUGAGGGCUCUUCACCUUUGUCCUCUUUGCCUGAUUGUCCAGCAUCUGGAGACGUUGUCUCUGCGUCUUUUCCAGCAAAAAUGGAGGGUACAAAGACCAACCACACUUGCGAGAGCUUCCAGGACAUUCCCACACUCGACUCCUCCCUGGCUGUUCAGACAGACAGACUGUCUGUGGCCGUUCCAGGCUGUGACCCCUCUGAGGCCGAGGAAGCCUGUGAUCUUCAGGUCAUAAGCCCAUAUGAAAAUGUGCCUCCCCAGUCCUUCUUCUCUGGUGAAGACAACAAAACCCAAGCAAAUGCGGAGCACUCUGGUUUUCAUGCUUCUGAUGCAUGCUCUGUGACUGUCACAUCCUCUGUGGACAGCGUGCCAGUGGACCAUGCCUCUAGUGGGGCUAUUUCAAGCAAAGACUCCAAUUUUGGGGACCAGGGCCUGAAAAGCACCUCAGGGGACACACUGUCCGACUGUGCCCCUACAUCCUCACAGCCCCACCUGCCCCACUCCGCUGCCGCUGCCAGUGAGCACAUGAGCCAGGUUGUCAUCACCACCUGUGACGCAGAUCCCGAUUCCUGGAGCGAAAUCCGCGAGGAUGACGAAGCCUUUGAGGCCCGAGUGAAGGAGGAGGAGCAGAAGGUGUUUGGUUUGAUGGCAGACAGACAGUCACAGGGCACCACCCCAGACACUACUCCUGCCCGGACCCCCACCGAGGAGGGGACUCCGACCAGUGAGCAGAACCCAUUUCUCUUCCAGGAGGGCAAACUGUUUGAGAUGACCCGAAGUGGGGCCAUCGAUAUGACCAAAAGGCCCUACGCAGAUGAGAGUUUCCACUUUUUCCAAAUUGGCCAAGAAUCCGGGGAAGCUGCCACUUCUGAUGACGUGAGAGAAGGGGAUGCUGUGAAUGAGCCUCCACAGCCGCUGACCCCGGCCCCAGCCCUCUCAGGAUCCACCAACACAGAUGAGGCUGACUUGCUCCCUGAUGUCCUGGGUGAGGAAGGAGAGGGACUUCCUGCCUCAGAUGGUGGUCUCUGUUCCCAGACAGGGACCCCAGCCUCCAAGGAUGUAUUGUCAGGGGAGGUGGCCAUUUCUGCGGGCACCAAGGGCCUGCCCCCUGGGCAGGGUGGCGAUGCGCCUGCUGCGUCCAGUGUAAAGCUGCUGGCUGGCCCCGCCUGCCCGGAACCUGCUGUCCAGGCUGCACUGGACUUCUCCACAGUCACCAGGUCUGUGUAUGCAGAUCGGGAGGACGAUUCUCCUGACUCCUCCCCAGAGGAGCAAAAGUCAGUCAUCGAGAUCCCCACCGCAGCCACAGAGAGUGUGCCUUGUCCUGAAAGCAAGUCCAGGAUCCCCAUCAGGACUUCAGCCCCAGCCCACGGGGAGAGGGCCCAGCCCGAGGGCCUGCCCAGCCCAGAUGAGGACAGGGCUGAGCCAGAGGCUAGGCCAAAGUCUAAAAUACCUGUGAAAGCGCCCCUCCAAGGGGUUGGGCAGCAGCCCCUGCCCCAGGGCCCAUCCCUGCCCAAGACAGUGGCCCCUCGGGGACAGGAUGCGCCAGGCAGGGCAGCAGAUGACAGGGGCAGAUCUGAGUCUGGUACCAGUGCAGGGAGAGCCAGAAGCUCUGCUGAGACAGAAGUAGGGGGUGGGGAGGGGGCAGAGGAGCCUGAGCUGCAGUCAAAGGGCGAGGCCACGAGCCCCAGGCUGCUUGCCACCCAUCUACCAGUGCAGGGCAGGGGCCCCCACCGGGAGAGCAAGGAGCAGUUCUUGGACCUGUAUAGGAACUCCCUCGAGUUCUUCGAGGAGAUUAGCGAUGAGGCAGCCAAGCUAGUGGACAGGCUGGCCCAGGCAGAGAGGGAGCAGGAGGCAGUUUCCGAUGACGAGAGCAGUAGUGCCCUGGAUGUGUCCGUGAUCGAAAAUCUGCCGCCUGCUGAGACCGAGCCCCCGGUCCCCGAGGACGUCUUUGACACGAGGCCCGUUUGGGACGAGUCCAUUGAGACUCUGAUUGAACGCAUCCCCGAUGAGAACGGCCAUGACCGUGCUGAAGAUCAGCAGGAGGAGCAGCGGCGGAUGGAGGAGCGGCUGGCCUACAUCGCCGACCACCUGGGCUUCAGCUGGACAGAGUUAGCACGAGAGCUGGACUUCACUGAGGAGCAGAUCCAUCAGAUCCGAAUAGAGAACCCCAACUCCCUGCAGGACCAGAGCCAUGCACUACUGAAGUACUGGCUGGAGCGGGACGGGAAGCUUGCCACUGAUACCAGCCUCAUCGGCUGCCUCACCAAGAUCAACCGGAUGGACAUCGUGCACCUCAUGGAGGCCAGCACCGAGCCGCUCCUGGAGCGCGGCAGCCUCGGCUACGCGGAGAUGGAGCCGCCCACCGCGCCGGACCACAGCGAAGGCUUCUCGGCCCUCCCAGAGGAGCUGCCCGCCCCGCACGCCGCAUCCAGGGAGAGCGGGUCCUGCGGCCACCCUCCCAUUGUCUCGGACGAAGACCUCUCCGUCGGCUACUCCACCUUUCAGGACUGCACCCCUAAAACGGACGGGGACAGCCCAGCCUCCAGACCUGUCCCCCCUCAGCAGGAGCAAAUGCCCCAGGGCCUGUUGGGGACGGCGCCCGCGGAGCCAGCUCCAGAGCAGGAGUACUUUGUGACGACCCCAGGGACAGAAGGGUCAGACACUGAAAAGGCUGCGUCUGCACCUGGCUCUCCCAGCGGGACCCCCGAGGAGGACAGGCCCACCCUGCGGACCCCGUCCCCUGCCCCUGGGGAGCAGGCAGACUCGCCCAUCGUGCAGGAGCCUGAGGAGCCCCCGGGCCUCAGGCAGGGCGCUUCUCCCCGGAAAACCAGCCUUGUGAUAGUGGAGUCUGGGGAUGACCGGCCGCCAGCCUUCGAGAGUCUCGAUGAGAACUCAGCUUUCCAGAAGGAGCUCACGGCCGAGCUGGGUGAACUGGAGGUCAGCUCCGACGACGAAGCGACGGUCACCACCAGGGUCGUCCGCCGGCGUGUGAUUAUUCAGGGUGAUGACAUGCCUGAAGUGCCCCCAGAAACCGUCACAGAGCAGGAGUACGUGGACGAGAACGGGCACACGGUGGUGAGGAAGGUCACCAGGAAGGUCAUCAGGCGGUACGUGUCCCCUGAUGGCAUAGAGCGGGAGGAGGUCACCGUGCAGGGACGGCCCCAGGAACCCAUCAGCGUCGAGGACGGGGACGGCUUCUCCAAAGUCAUAAAGCGCGUGGUGCUGAGGAGCGACACGGAGCAGUCAGAGGUGACUCUGGCUGAGCCCAGCGCCCCGGGCGAGUCCUCGAGGUUCCAGGCCGAGCCCGUGGAUGGCCGGCGUGUGAGCAAAGUCGUCAAAACGACGGUGGUGCACGGGGAGAGGAUGGAGAAGCACCUGGGGGACCCCCGCUUCGCGUCCGACCUCCCCUCUGCCAAAGCCGACUUCGAAGAGGCGUUGAGUUAUGCAGGUAGCCACGCACAAGUCCACCUCCCCAGCUUAGUAGAGAGUGAAGUCCUGAGAGAGGAUGGAUCGGUGGUUAAAAGGACGACGCUCAGUAAGGCCAGCACGCGGAAGAGGGCGGUGGUGAAGGACCAGCAGGGGGCGCACGUGCACCUGGAGCAGCUGGAGGAUGUGCCCGAGGCCCUGGAGCGGGACGCCUUCCAGCACGACCUGCAGCAGCUGCUGCGGCAUUUCUGCCAGGACGGCCCCGAGCAAGAGGCCAAGUGAGGGCCCCGGAGCUCGUGUCGGAAACCCUGUUGCCCCCUCGGUGCACAGCACCCCCUUUCGUCAGAGGAGCAGCCUGCCUGGCCCCGGGACCCUGACGCCCUGACUCCAGCACACCCCCCACACUUGGUUAGCUUGUCCCGCCCCCUUUAACUGUACGCGAAUUUGUGACCAAAGAUAGCAUCCUGCCCCUGGGUGCUGUGUCCCGAUGUCCUGGCGUCCGGGCCGGCCUGGGCACGGGCCGCCCCCCACCCCUCGCUUCCGCUCAGGCUCUGCGCGGAGCCGUUGAUCAGGGCAGCUCCCCGUGCACCUCUCCCCAGGGUGACCAGGCGUCCCUCGGAGGGACGUCCGGGCACGGUGGGCCCAGCAGCGCUCCGACGGACCCGUGUCGGGUGGCGGUCACACUGGGCACCACGGAACCGAGGCCUCCAGAGGUGGCCAGGCGUGGUUCCUUCAGGUAUUGCUAACACAAUCCAGCGAUGGCGCCUUCCGCUGCGGAAGAGGCCCAUCAGACCUACCAGACCUUGCGACUCCGGCGUAGCUACGGCCCUGGCCGGGGUGGGGACCCCGAGGAACUGCCCCGGUGGAGCUCGGACUCCGGCAGGCAGGGCAGCGGAGAGGCGCCAGGGGCUGGCAGCUGCGACCCGUGGCCUUGUGGCACCGCAGGUCUCUCCGGUCCUGGACGCGCUGGCAGGCUCUUCACCGAGCUGUGACCACUGCAGUGCCCCGGACUCCAUCGCUGCUCGUGCAAACCACGCUGUCUUACGGUGGCCCUUCCGCCCGGCCACGGCGCUGCAGGUACUUCCUUCCCUGGAAGCAGGCUCCGCCCGAAGCACGGGAGGCAAAGCGCCGUGGCCACGUGGGAGCGCGCCUCCUCCUCCCUCCAGGUUUCCGUCCCCGCGAGCGCCUGCAUGUCGCAUUUGGAAAUCCGGCCCCAUCGGAGCCUUGCUCUCGGCGCCCGGGCGGAGUUCCUUCUCACCCAGGACACGGCUCACCCUGCAGUGGGGUCUGGUUUCUCUCUGGCAGACAAGAUGGAGAAGUCCUUAAAAAUUUGGGUUUGGUUAAAAGUUUUGGUUUAUUUAUUUGAACCCUGAGGUGCAUUUGUGCACUUCCUGUGUGUUUAUUUCAAAGCAGGGCCUCCCGUCACCUGAGUGGUCCCCACGCCCCGGUCUGCAUUCUUCUAGUGGUUGGAGCUGCGCAACAUUUUAAUCACAUUUACUCACAAAUAUAUUCCUGUAAACAGUGUACGUUUUGGACACUUAUUUGUUAAAGAAAAGUAUAUUCAAUGGAGAUGAAAUUUAAAAACAAACACCAGAGUCUAUCCUCCCGGAUGGAGCAUUUCCCGAUUCCAGCGGUCUUUUCCUGCAAAAACGAGUCCUUGCUCCCAAUGUCACAAACCACGCGACACACAGUGCCACUCGGUCACUUCAGGGAGUGUGGCAGGAGGGAGUGUCCCGGGGGGGCACCCCCCACACAGCACCUCCCACCCCUCGUGGCUGUUGGAUUGGAAAUUCGGCAUCGUCCUUUGCAGCCAAAGCGAGAGGCCAGUGGCAAGGCCCUGGACACACGGUGGCCUCUCGUGAGCCCUUCCCUGGGCCCCAGAAAGCGUUUCUGUUGUGUGAUUUGCAGUGCGGAUGACGUCUGUGUAACAACUUAACGGUUAUUCACCUCCUUUUGGUUUUGAUUUUUGCUGUGUAAUCAAAAAAACUUGAAUACUGUGAGAAGAAGUGAAUUUUCAGUUGAUGAAUCAGCAUCUUGUUUCCAUGGUGAUAACACUAACUGAAUAUAUCUAUGAGGGCAUGUACUAGUUAACGGGAAAAAUACAACACUAACAACACAUAGCUGCAACGUGUACAAUGGCUGAUUUAAGUAAAUAAAAUGUACAAGUGUUCA